UAAUUCAGAGACUGCUUUUGCCUUGUAGUUCUGAGUUACUUCCUAAAAAAUGUUCUGCGCUACAUUGACACUGUGUUUACUGUAUCCCCUUCAUAUCUUUGGGCUACAUUGUUCUGGGCCUUCAAAGUGCUGCAGAGGUUACCGAUGGGAUUCCCAAAUACAGGACUGCAUUCCUUGCAAAUACCCAUACUAUGGAAGAAGCUGUAUUUUCACUUGUAACUGCACUGAAUCUAGAUGCAACCAAUUCGAAGGGUGCAUAUAUAUUGCAACACCUAUUGAGACUGUGACAUUAAAUAAAGGAAUAAAAACACAAAGUCUGUCCUUAGACUUUGAAAAAGAGAUGACAACCAGACGGAAUCCUUUACAUAGAACAUUGAACGAUAGAAUAAGGAUAUUUUCAG